CACGCACGGUCUCCCCUCCCACCUCUCAUCCAGCCUGUCCCCUCCGGCCACUAGUGCCUCUGCUGCUCAGUCAUCUUUUCUUUAGCUGCCGCGGGUGGCAGUUGUCUGUCUGGCUUCCCGUGAUGUCCUCCGGAUCGUUCUCCUGCGAAGCCCAGGAUUCCAUUUGCCUCGGCUCUGUGGCUUACUUCUUAGCCACAGGACAGCGCCUCUGGGCAUGGCUGGCCCUCUGCACCCUGCUGCCUGGCCUCUUGGUCCAGGGCCUGAGCUACCUGUGGUUCCCGGCAGACAGGCAUCAGAGCCGCCACUGGCUGCUGGGGCUGCACCUGCUGCAGCUCGGCAUCUGGAAGCGGCACUGGGAUGCCUGGGCCGCACUUCGGAGGGGCAGGCAAGAACCCGGCCUGGGCCAGCUGCAGCUGCAGGCGGCCGAUCUGGCAGGGCUCCGGCUCCUGGAAGGCCUGCUGCAGAGCGCCCCCCACCUGCUGCUGCUGACCUACGUCACUCUGGCCUCAGGCUUCACGGACGCUGUGCCAGGGGUCAGUGCCCUGCUGUCCUGGUCCUCGCUGUCCUGGGCCCUCGUGUCUUACACCUGUGUCCUCGAUGUCAUGAGGCCGAGUCACCGAGCCGUGCCAUGGGCUGCCCUCCUCUGCCAGCAGCUGUGGCGCAUGGGCAUGCUGGGGGCCCGCGUCCUGAGCCUGGCUCUGUUCUGCAGAGCCUAUCACAUUUGGGUUCUGGUGGUCGGAGGCACCCACUGGCUGGGGAUGACAUUCUGGCUCGUGGCCCAGCAGAGUGACAUCGUGUACAGCACCUGCCACUGGCGGCUCUUCACCCUGCUGGUGGGCGCCGUGUACAUCCUCUGCUACCUGAACUUCUGGGACAGCCCUUCCAGAGACAGGAUGGCCUGCUUCUACCUGGUCAUGCUGCUGGAAAACACCCUCCUGCUGCUGCUGGCCACAGACUUCACCCAGGGGGCAUCGUGGGCCGGACUGUGCACCGUGGCCGGGGUGCUGGCUGGAUUUCUGACUGGCAGUGUCUCACUGGUGAUUUAUUAUAGCCUGCUGCACCCGGAGUCCGCAAACAUCCGGCAGGGCUUAGCGGCCAAGUGCUGUGGACAGGCAGAGGGAGAUGCUCCAGCCUGGAAGAGGCCUGAGAGCCCAGGCUCGUGCCCUUCGGAGAGCUUAGAGCUGCCGAGUCUUGAGAAGGCCCCGAGCCUGGAGCAAGGCGCCGCAGGGGCACGGCCCGGGGGCCAGAGCCCAAGGGGUCUCUCUUUCCUCAGCCAGCACCACUGGCUGCUGUUAAAGCUGGCCCUGAAAACGGGAAACCUGUCUAAGAUCCACGCCGCCUUUGGGAACGAUGGUCCUUGCUGCUCUUGUCCCCCUGCGCCGGGCUCAGGCCACCUCUGGCCCCCGCUGCCCCCUCAAGCCCCGGCAGCCUUGGGGAAGGGCCCCGAGCCGGGGGCAGAGGUGGACUCGCGGGAGACCUCGAGCUACGUCUCUGCUAGCGAAGGCCAGGACGGGGCGCCUCCGCGGGGACUGGGACGGGAGGAAGCUGAGGCCGGCUUCAUCCGACCGCAGGCCGUGGCGCCCACGCUGCACCGCUACCCACAUCUGCGCCUCUGA